UCUGCUCGAUCCUUUUGUGUUUUGGCGGCGGUCAAGGACGAACGUAUUUCUGUUUACGUUGUUGGUUCCGGAUCGUUCUGGCAAAAUGUCCCCAAAGAUUCGAUCGGCCGAAUCGACCCGCUUUUGUAGGCUGUGCCUCACAAGCAAGGGGCAACUUGAUCGGAUUUUCGGCGGUGAAAUCACAGAUUUGGCGGAAAAGAUUUACGACAUUACGGCCCUCGAGCUUGCCGACAUCAACGGGAUGCCGUCUUUGAUCUGUGAUCUGUGCCGCUCGCAGGUUCUGGUCAGCCAUCAGUUCGUCCUGCAGUGCCGCGUAUCCGAUUGGAAGAUCCAGAAGCUGGCGCUGGGAACGCCGCCGGUUCGGCAGGACGUCAAAGUUCCACGCUUGAGCGUUGAUUCAUCCAGCUCCGGAAUCGGAGAACUUACCGCGGACGAUUCCGGCACAUCCGCCAAAGUCCCAACCAAAACGGUUGCAGCGAUUUCCCCCAAACACGACCUUCUGCGACGCUUGAAGAACGAUGACAAGGCCGCACAUCGUCACCACUCGGUCGACCACAAGUCCAAACCCAAGAAAUCGUCCAAGAAGCGGCGCCUUUCGGACUCUUCGCAGCAUGAUAAGGCGAUGGUCAAGGUUAGGCACGGUGUCGACGAGGACAACCGGAAGCAAAAGUGCCCAACCUGUGGUGUGCGCGUGAUUCACCUGAAUAAUCACAUCGCUAACGUUCACAAGAAAGCAGCGAAGCUGGAAUGCGGAAUCUGCGGAAAGACCUUCAAGCAUCAAUCGAUUUUCAGCUGCCACAUGAACUCGCACAAUGGCAUCCGCCCGUACAAGUGCAAGCUAUGCGACAAAAGCUACAGCUACGCAACAUCGCUGUUUGAUCACGUGAAAUCCCACCAAGAACGAUACCACUGCACUGUGUGCCAGGCGGGCUUCACCCACAAGAGGGUGAUGUGGAAGCACAUGCUGACGCACUGAACGGAGUCCAGUUGCAUCCAGAAUUACCUGUAGAAUGGAAAAAUAUAA